CUGUGCCCGGGGGAGGGGGGAGGGAGCACUGUCCCCGGAGCCUGGCCUCGCUCGGCCUCUGCUCCCGGUGUGGGCAGUCCACAGCUGACCCGUGUGGCUGGGGCGGGCGGGGGGCCGGGCCGGCUCUCUGAGAGUAGGGUUAGAACCGGCCUGGUGCGCAGUGAGGGAGACCGAGUUUCUGGGGGGAGCCUGGGCCUGGACCCCCGAGGGGAUUAGGAAGCCCCCUCCCCCCAGCCUGCAGAAAUUCCUUCUAGAGGCAUCGGUGUGGCUUCGAGCCUGGGCCCCUGGGGGCAAAAGGCUGAGAGAGGAGGAGGAGGAGGAGGUGGCGUCCCAGGCACCUCUCUGCUUCAAGGGAGAGGCUGGAGUGACCCUAAGUCCUGGAGCCAGAUUCGGGUUCAAAUCCAGGCUUUGUCACUUACUAACGGUGUCACGUGGGGCAGGUAGAAGAGCUGGGCUUGGAACCUAGCCCGAGGGUACACUGCAGCCCAGGGGGACGCCCCGCCGUAUACCUGGGAUGGUGGAGACCAAGGACUUAGUGCAGCUCCGGCAGCUCAGCUUGGCACUCCUGAAGCAGCUGUGGGCCGGGCAGGAUGCUGUGCGGCGGUCAGUGGCCAAGGCGGCCUCAAAGUCAGCUCAGGACUCCACCAGCAGCUAUGACUCCCAGACACCAUCGUCCCAGGAGAUGUCUUUAAUGGCCUUCAGAGCCUCCAGCCUACAGGACGCCCAAGAGAGUGAUCCCUGUGACACGUCCUGGUCUGAUGGGACCAACUCUGGAGUGACCUCUCUGCCAUCUGCCAAGUACGGACACCAGGCAUCCCUGGACUCUCUGAGGCCCUACUCGGCACCCUUGCUGGCCAUCUCAAACCCAGAUGACCCGGACGUUUCAGCAGAGCUGGACAGUCCCGGGCCUCAGGAGUCCCAGGCCCAGGGCUCCACCCUGGAUCAGCAAAGCAGGCUGUCCAAGUCAAGAGUGACCUUCAGUGAGGAGGCUGCACUGCCUGACAAGAGCUGGCGCCUGAGGCCGUACUUAGGCUACGACUGGAUUGCAGGGUCUCUGGACAACAGUUCCCCCAUCACCAGCAAGCCCGAGGCCUUCUUCUCGAAGCUACAGGAUUUCCGGGAAGCAAACAAGGAGUUGUGCAUUAACAGUGACCCUGACCCCCAGUUCCUCGGCCUGCGGGAGAGCAGCGGCCUGGAGGAGGACCAUGAAUGCGUGUACUGCUACCGCGUCAACCGGCGGCUGUUUCUGGUGCCUUCUGAUCCCGGCACCCCCUGCCGCCUAUGCCGGACCCCUCGGGACCAGAAGCGUCCUGAGACUCUGGAGGCGCCGGCGCAGGUCAGGGUGAGCAUCCCGCUGUCCAUCCUGGACCCCCCACACCAGUACCGCAUCCACCGGCGGAAGAGCUUCGACGCCUCCGACACACUGGCCCUGCCCCGGCACUGCCUGCUGGGCUGGGACAUUGUCCCUCCGAAGUCUGAGAAGAGCUCAGCCCCCAAGAGCCUGGACCUCUGGUCCUGUGUCUUCUCUGAGGCCCAGCACCAGAAGCUGUCAGCUGCCAGUACUUCCCACCUGGCCCUACCAGCCAGAGUCCCGCCAUUCACCCCAAUCUGGUCAGAACCCCAGCCACACGCCCCCUGGCUGAAGCCCUGAGGACUGGCCACUUGGAGGAGGAGGACAGAGCCCCUACCGUCACCUGUGACCCCUCUCCUCUGCUGGAGCACCCAUGACAAGGGAGCCCUGCCUGGCCUCAGCUGGAGGUGGACUUGGGUCUCCUGCUCCUAGUUGGGCAGGUGGAUGGGCCCAGGCCUUUCUCCUUCCUGGGGACAGAGCUGGGGUCUCCAGGGUUGGGAAGUGGGGGGAAGAGGAUUCUGUGGCAUGUUUAUAAAUAAAGCUCAGUACUCUGUGUAGCUCCA